UCGGAACGUCCCUAGUACUAGUUGUGGUUGUGGUUCUGGUUCUGAGCUGAGAAGAGUUGUCUGGAAAUCCCGAAUAAAGUUAUAGGGUUUAUUGCCACUCAUCAUAAAUUAUUGAUAGAUCAAGUCAAAAUACAUGUUAUUCAAUUCCUCAAUAAAGUAAUAUUCAUCUCAUUGUCCAAUUAGACUUUUACAAAUAUGUCCAGAGGAAAAACGUGGGCAGCGUCAGCAGAUCAACAGGAGAAAGAUCUCUUAAAAAAGGUUGAUAGUAUAACUUUGUCAAAUCAAAGUAGGGAAUCAGUGAGUGUUGGAUUGAAAAAUGGCGCCUCUAGUAUGGGUGGUGGAGGGGAUACGGAAGAAGAGGACAAGAAGCCUCUGAGUAAAGCUGAACAGUCUCUCCUUCAAAAGGUGGUCAGAAGAGGACUUAUCGUUAACAAAAAUGAUAUCGAAGUACAAAGAAAGGAUCCCAACUCUCCCCUGUUCUCUGUCAAGACAUUCGAGGCGUUACACUUGAAACCGGAACUUCUCAAAGGUGUUUAUGAAAUGGGAUUCAACGCUCCGUCUAAAAUUCAAGAAACAGCUCUACCAUUUCUUCUGGCAAAUCCACCUCAGAAUAUGAUAGCUCAAUCACAAUCGGGCACUGGUAAAACGGCUGCAUUUGUGUUGGCUAUGUUAUCAAAAGUUGAUACUUCAAAACAUUAUCCACAGAUUCUGUGUUUGUCACCCACGUAUGAGCUAGCCAUUCAAACAGGAGAAGUAGCCGCUAAAAUGGCGCGGCGCUGCCCCGAUAUCGAGAUCAAAUACGCAGUUCGUGGUGAAGAAGUUCCACGGAACACGAAACUAAAAGAGCACAUAGUUAUCGGUACACCUGGCAAAGUAGUGGACUGGGCCACCAAGUAUAGGUUUUUCGAUCUAUCGAAAAUAACAGUUUUUGUAUUAGACGAAGCCGAUGUAAUGAUUGCUACCCAGGGCCACCAAGAUCAAAGUUUUAGAAUACACAAGCAGCUCUCGCCGAACUGUCAGAUGAUGUUCUUCUCAGCCACUUAUGACAAGGAGGUGCUCGAAUUCGCCGAAGCCAUUGUGCCCAAUCCCGUCAUCAUUCGACUGAAGCGAGAAGAAGAAUCGCUGGACAACAUCAAACAGUACUAUGUCAAGUGUCGAUCGAUUGAAGAAAAGUACACCGCCAUAUCGAACAUCUACGGAGUUGUCACAAUUGGACAGGCUAUGAUUUUCUGCGAUACAAGGAAAACAGCCAGUUGGCUGUCAAGUAAAAUGACAAAGGACGGUCAUGCAGUGGCUUUAUUGUCGGGAGAACUGACCGUCGAUCAGCGGAUAUCUGUUCUCGACAGAUUCCGAGAGGGAAAAGAAAAAGUACUUAUCACCACCAACGUAUUGGCUCGAGGUAUUGAUGUAGAGCAAGUGACAAUAGUUGUGAACUUUGACCUUCCGGUCGACCAGAGCCGAAGGCCAGACUGUGAGACCUACCUGCACCGGAUAGGUCGGACAGGCCGCUUCGGCAAGACCGGCCUCGCCAUCAAUCUCGUAGACAGCGAACAAAACAUGAAGAUCCUACAGGAAAUCGAGCAGCAUUUCGGAAAGAAAAUCUACCUCCUCAAUACAGACGAUGUGGAUGAGAUAGAGAAACUUGGGAAUUGAUAGUGUUUUUUAAUCAAUUUGAACGAUUGACGAACGCUCGAAUAAUAAGUGCACUUUUAACUCAUCAAUGAUUCAUUUUUUUAUACUUCUCCUUUGUUGUAAUGUAUUCUAUUGUUCCAGUAUAUUCUAUUUAUUUUGCUGACAGAUUUCAAUGUACUGUAUUGUACUAUUAUUUUGUUAUUUAAAUAGGAAAAUUAUGAUGAAUUCCGAACUA